CGACGCUUGCCCGAAAACCUCCCUCGACGCCCUGAUUCGCCGCUCGGUGUCGGUGCUCAACGAAGGAUCGUCGGCCCGCCACCGCCCGCGAGCUCCGGACGCCGGCAGCCUGACGCCAUGAGCGGAGGAGCCGGGCAGCUGUUGAAUUUCUACAAUGGACAUUGGAAGAAGGCUGAACAGAGGUGAAAACAUUACAUUUAUUAACCCCUGGAUUAAGUAUUAUCUAUUUUUCUUCAGUUUUCUCUUCUGGAUCAUCUCACUGGUGAUUGUUGCUAUAGGAGUCUAUGCAAAGAUUCAGAAAGCCACAGAUGCUGUGCGGGACACUUUCAUCAUUGACCCUGCCAUAAUUAUGAUCGUGGUUGGAGCCGUUAUGUUUCUAAUCACCUUCUGUGGCUGCAUUGGGGCCUUGCGUGAAAACAUUGUGUUACUGCAAGUGUUUUCGAUGAGCUUGACAGCCCUCUUUUUGGUACAGUUGGCGGUUGGAGUCCUGGGAUUCAUUUACUCUGAUAAGGCGGAAGACACAGUGAGCAAAUUCAUCAAGAAAGCCAUUGUCCAUUACAGAGAUGAUAUUGACCUGCAGAACCUGAUUGAUUAUAUUCAGAGAGAGUUUCAAUGCUGUGGCUGGACUAACUAUAAGGAUUGGUCGAAGAACAUGUAUUUCAACUGUACGCCUGAUAAUCCCAGCCCAGAACGCUGUGGAGUGCCUUACUCCUGCUGUACACUGGUACCCGGUGAGUCGGUGAUCAACACAAUGUGCGGCUUUGGAAAGCAGUCGCUAAACCAACUGGAAGCCUCAAAGUUCCUGCACCCAGUGGGCUGUGCUGACAAAGCGGCGAUCUGGAUUGAGAGUCAUCUGCUGCUGGUGGGGAGCGUCGUGCUCGGGAUGGCACUGCCUCAGAUUGGAGGAAUCAUUCUUUCUCGCAUGCUGAUUGGACAGAUCAGAGAGGAGAUUAAGUCAAUAUAACAAAGGGAGUCUUGGCGACGGGGAACACACCAAAGGCAGCGGAUUCAUCGUGCCUUUGGUAAGAAGCAAAGAAGCAAAACGAGGUGAAAGAACCUUUUGUGUGAAGAAAACCAAUUUGCCAAAACUCCUAAUACCGUUCUGUUUUUAAAUGUUGUAGUUGACUGAGGUAGAGUAAUCCCAGAUGGCGAACCCCAGUCUCUCUCCUCACCCUUCACCUUCCUAGGGCUCAGGUUCGAUAGACAGCACGGAGAUCCACUGUGUCAGACACACCAAGGAUCACUGCUCUUCAGCAGGCCCUCAGUCAGUGCCCCAUUCCCUGCCCCUUAGUCACUGACUAAUCAAUCACCACAUAAUCCCCUGUAUCUACAUGAGGCCACGGAAAUGUGAGAACUCUUUCAAUAUUCCUGACAUAAAAUACAAAUCACAAGAGCAUUUGGAAAUAACAAAUAAAUUUGCCGCAGUUUUUCUGUACAGGUUACAGAGAAACUCGCUGCUGCACCUCAGGAGAGACAGAGAAGGGAACAAUUUACCUUCAGGCGCUGUGUUACAUACAACGAAGAUGUUUGCAUCUCUGUAACACUCAGAGGGAGGCAGCCUGCCUUUAUAUAACGCCUUUAGCAUUGAAGGAACACGCCGCCGUGAUACAGAGAAGUGUCUCCAAACAGAUAUAGUUGCAAGUUAGCCAAAGGUUGGUCAAAGAGGGAGG